CCUACGUCAGCGGGACGCCGCGAGGCGAGGUGGCCAUGGAACUGGUGUGCCGCGAACUGGAGCACUUGCAGGAUUACUGCCAGCCGCACGCGCCAGGAGCCUUGCUCAAAGCUGCCUUCAUAUGCACGCAGAUCGUGCAGUUCCCCUCGCAGAAACCCUUACGAGCCCAGCUGAUGGAGAGCUUCGGUGGUGGCUUCGAGGUGCACACCUGGUCUGAGCUACCCCACGGCUCUGGCCUGGGCACCAGCAGCAUCCUGGCCGGAGCGGUGAUGGCAUCGCUGUACCGGGCGGCUGGGAAGGCUGCCAGCACUGAGUCCCUCAUCCAUGCCGUGCUGCACCUGGAGCAGAGACUCACGACAGGAGGUGGUUGGCAGGACCAGGUAGGUGGGCUCGUGCCAGGCAUCAAAAUCGGGAGGUCGAAGGCCCAGCUCCCGCUCAGGGUGGAGGUAGAGGAGAUCCCGGUGCCUGAAGGCUUCGCCCAGACCCUGAACGAUCACUUGCUGCUGGUGUACACGGGAAAGACUCGCUUGGCCCGCAACCUGCUCCAGGUAACGCAUGGGGCCUGCGGGCAAUUUGGGCUCUGGCCUCUGCUCCCUGACAAGAAACACAGGUUGGCAUUGCUGCCCCUCAGCCCCUUCGCAAAGUCCUGGCUCCCUCCAUGGUCUCCGAGGCAAGAUGUCAUGCUUUACCCUCUGCCUGCGUGGCCUUUACAUUUGGUGCCCGUCCCCUUUUUUGCCGCAAAGCUACCGUGUCCCACCGGGAGCCAGCGCCGAAGGCAUGGCCACCGCGGGGGCCCAGGCCCGCCAGCGUUUUUACAGGCAAUGCCCUGA